AUGCUUUUGCGAUCUAGACGUGUUGUGAGAGAGAUGACAUCCUUGCUAAUCGAGCUUGUAGCACUAGUGAAGAGACGCGCAAGAAACAUCACCAAGCAAAAACAACACUACUGCAGGCAACUACUACAGCCAGACCUAUCAGCUGAUGACGUGGACACCAUGUAA